UCAGAACGUUCAGUAGAUACACGACCGUAGAACAUUGCAUAUUAAUUAGUUAGUGUUGAAAAACGAUUAAAUCAAAACCAAAAUGGUUCACAGUGUUGGUGAGCAAAAGUUGAGUGUGUUUAGUGCGCGCUAUCGCUGGCAGGUCAUAGCCACCAUGACAGUGCACAUCAUGACCUUGACCCACGGGAUUGGUGUGGGCUGGCUGGCGCCAUCGCUUCCACUGCUGGGCUCCGAGCUGUCGCCGCUCGACAGACCCAUCAGCAUCGAUGAGGCCUCCUGGGUGGGCUCCUUGAUCGGCCUGGGCGCGCUCAUGGGCAACAUAAUCUUUGGCCUGCUGCUGGAUCGUUUGGGUCGCAAAUUGAGCAUGUACUUUCUGGCCAUACCCAAUAUGACCUAUUGGAUUCUUAUCUAUACGGCACAAGAUGUGACGUAUCUAUAUGCGGGUCGUUUCCUAGCCGGCAUUUCGGGCGGCGGCUGUUAUGUGGUAUUACCUAUAUUCGUUGCUGAAAUCUCUGAUAACAACAUACGUGGCGCACUAUCUUCCAUGGCCAUGAUGUAUGUUAGCAUUGGCAUGAUUAUGGGAUAUAUACUCACCACCUAUCUCAGCUAUUAUCUGAUGCCGUGCAUAGCUAUAUUACUGCCAGUCGUUUAUCUGCUGGCCAUCUGGGGCUUAUCUGAGACGCCACAGCACUUGCUGCGCAAGGGACGCAAUGAGCAGGCCGAGAAAGCGUAUUACUUCUAUAAAAAUCUGCCAGCAGCUAAGCCAGAUAAUGAGUCAGCUCACAAUGAUGCGGCUAAAAAGGAGUUUGAGACAUUCAAGCAACAAGUGCUGAGCGGUGGUGUGCAGCAAGACGUCGGCUGGAAAGAUUUCUUUAAUCUGCCUACCAUGAAGAUCUUUGCUUUGAACUUUACGCUGCUCAUUUGCAAUCAGCUGUCGGGCAGCUUUGCGGUCUUCAACUAUACAUCGCACAUCUUCAACGAGCUGGAGACCCAAAUGGAAGCGAAUACCUGCACCAUUAUAGUUGGUGCUGUUCAGGUGUUUGGCAUAAUAUGUGCCGUUAUUUUGGUAGAUCGUGUGGGACGGCGAAAGCUGCUGCUUACAUCCAUGGCGGGCAUGGGUCUGGGUGAGCUAGGCAUUGGACUGCUCAAGGAAUUUGCCUCCAAGCAGUUUCUAGCCGGAGCCAAUUGGUUGUCCUUGCUGCUUAUGUGCUGGGUGGCCUAUAUUGCAUCCCUGGGCGUUAUACCGCUUAUAUUUGUUAUCAUUAUCGAACAACUGCCCGCCAAGAUACGCUCUCUGGGCACCUCCAUCUGCAUGGCCACGUUGAGCACCUUCAUCUUUGUCUCGCUCAAAAUCUAUCCGAUGAUGAUCUUUGGCCCCGGCCUGCCAGCCACCAUGUAUAUGUCAGCCGGCGUUUGCGCCAUCGGAUUUAUCAUAUUGGGUCUAUUUCUGCCGGAGACCAAAGGCAAACAGCUGACGCACUAAUUGUUGACGCGUGUGAAAUAUGUUGAUGAUGACUUCAGCGACGGCAUCAAUCCCAGCGACCACGCCAAAUUGUCGCUUUUGUAUGGGCGACUCAUUGCAUAAGUUGGGAUUACCAUUAUGACUGUAUGGGUGUGUGUGUGUGUGUGUGUGUGUGUGUGUGUGUGUACGGUUACGAGUACUUGCUUGUCAAGAUAUCGCCGCCAAAGCAGCUCACUCAACAGCUUGCCACAAAUAGCAUGGGGGCAUGGUUCAUCCUGAACUCUUGAACUUAAUUCAAUUUCAGUUUUUGCGGCUUUUCUGCUGUUGUUGUUGUUGCUGUUGCUUGGCUCAGUUUCGCGUCUAUUGUGUGUGUGUGUAUGUGUGUGUGUGUGUGUGUAUAGACAGACUGCAUGUACUUUUGUUAAAUAUUAUUUCAUUUUGUUUGGAGAAAGUCUGAGCGCUGUGAUACGAGUUCAAAUUUAGCAUAACCAAAUCAUUUAGCUAUAGUUAUAUAUAUUUCGCUAGCCCGUACGUAUUGCGACUAAAAUAACAAUUAGUUAAACAAGACUUAGGCAUAGCUAACGUACUUAAGACUACAAAUUAGACGCAAUAAAAAAAAUUACAGAAAACAAA